GUGCUCAAAAGGAAGGGAAGCUCAAAAUGGUCGAGAAGUCACAUGGAGAGCUGUUGGAGAGGUCGGGAUCUUAAUGGAACAUGGAAAUCUGUGGUGGGGAACCCUAAAAAAGCUUACUAGGAGUUCAGGGAAAGGGCUCUGUUGUGUGUGGAGAAUGAGUGCUUUACAUGUUGAUGAAUGAGAGAGAGAGAGAGAGAGAUAAUAACUUGUGAUUUAUGUUGGUGUAACCAACCUGGGAGCCAUGGCCUCGAGGCCAACUCGGCUCGGUUCAGGUCCGGACGACGGGGAUCUCCCGGGACGUCCCUCGAACCUGCGGAGUCGGUCUGGUGCGAUGGUCCGAUCGGGACGGGGUUACCGUUUCCUCCGGGUAGGGAUUCGUUGUCCGCGCAUCUAGCGGGGAUCCUCGGCUUCGCACUUGCACAAAGGUCGGGUCGGGAAGCUCGACCCGACCCCUCCGACGAUCAAGUUAGACGAUGUGAAGGGGAUUUCAGGAGAAGAAGUGUUUUGGUGUGUGUUCUCCCUCUUUCGUUUGGAAUGCGAGUGUAUUUAUAGGGAAGCUUACUGUUGUUUGAUGUGCCCGCCUGUAGGAGGUAGGCCGGUAGCGUCUAACAUGGGCGUUGACGUGACGUGAAGAACCGCGCCUGAAUAGACAUUAAUGCGCCUCGGUUGGUGUUCCAGUUCAAUUGAUCGAGUAUAAUCACGUCGAUCGAGACGUGAGGCGUCGGCUGACGUCAGUCGAGUCAUAUCAUAACUAUAAGAGACUUAAAACUUUAUAUUUUACAUUAAUCAUCCACAGAUUUUACGUUUAGGACGGUUCAUGCAUUGGGUUUAUCCGAACGGUUCGGUCUGAAUUAUGUGGGCCGUUGGGGGACUCAAUUCCGGUCCGGCCCAUAUGACACCGAACCAACCACCAAACAUAAAAGAGGGUUCCUUCGAUCGAUCGCAACCGGAGUGCAGCAGCGGCAUGGCCGGCGACGACCAGGCGGAGGACGCGAGGAGGGAGGCAGCAUUGGCCUGUACGCCGCUCUUCCAACCCAACUUCAAGCCUUCCAAGGCCACGCAAGCACAGCUCGACAAGCUCAAGGAAUUACACAAGAAGCGCUUGCAACUCAAAGAAAAAGAAGAGGUGAAAAGAUUGAAAGGGAGCUCUCAGCGGCGCGGAAAGAUAUGUGAGGAGGACACUGAUGUCAAGAAUAGCACAAAUUCUUCAGCAAGUAGUGCUGAUGGCAGUUCAAGUGUUUCUCCAUUAGAGCAAAGGUCUUGUUUGGAUCAGAGAGCUCCCACUUUGGUGUCAAAUAAAAGAAGAAAGUUACACUGGGGCCUUGAUGCAAAGGAAAGAUGGGAAAGAAAGGCAAAUAUGUGACGAAGACACUUCAGAAACAGGAAAACUUGGUCUUGAAUGUUUGGAGUAUUGCUUUCACUAAAGUUUUCUCCUUGCCUUCCAUCUUCUCUUCUACCUUGGUCAAGAUGGCUGUAAGCCUAGGUGAUUCAUCUUCGAUUAUCUCAGCAUUCAUUGAAGACUUCUCCAUGGAUAACAUCAUAGAAUCAUGUGAGAUUAAUCAUAGAAUUCAGUCCAUUCUGAUACCAAAAUAUUAGAAUGUUAACGUGUGUUUCCCUGAUUCAAAGAAAAUAAGAAGCCUCCCAAAACCAUUUACCAGAAGACAACUAUGAAAUUGUAAUAAUUUAUCUCAAUAUUAGUAAAGGGAUCAUCCAAGCAUAGACUUAAGGUCAUUUAAACAAUUUAUGUUUUUAGCACAACUAUUAUACCAAAACCCCAAAUCUGACUAGAAAACUAACUAGUCCAAGAACUUCUAUUUCACCCAUAAAAAUAUAAAAAUAGCAUAGUGAUCAUUGCACUACAGUGUUACCACAGUACUGCCAUAGUAUCUUCCCCUCUCCUCUUCCAUGUGGGUUAAGAGAAGAUUGCCCAGCUGCCUUACCUCUUUUGGUGCAGUCCUAAUGGGAUUAGGACUCUUGUUUGACUUCCAACUUGCUCUAGUCUACUAUAGUUCUAUUGUAACUGGGUCUGGCACAAGUAUCCUUUGACCAUAUAGAACAUUUCCUAAUCUUCCAUUGCACUCUGCAUCACCUCCAGAUCAAAA